CAAUCGUUGAUAUUUGCUGGAUGAAAGUCGCGGCAAAACCUUGAUGUUGUAGACGUGUGUAGUUUAGAGGGACAUUGAUACGUCGUAGUGGCUACACUUUGCGUGCGGAUACAUGAAGAAAACAAAACAAAUGGAAGCUAGUUUAUAAUUUAGGCUUAAACUCGAGUCCUUUGUUUGUAAUAUUACCACAUCACGAAGUACUCGAGAGGAAUUCUUCAUUUUGGACAAACAAGGUGAGUAACUCGUUCUGUGCUAUUUUAAAAUGAACGUACAUCUCUGAAUCUGAAAUUGAUAACGUCUUAAUCAGCGUUUCUCAACUGUGGGUCGCGACCGCUUUUGGGGAUCGAACGAUCCUUACAGAGGGGUCGCUAAGACCAAAGGAAAACACAUAUUUAUGCAGUAGCAAAGAAAAUAAUUUUAUGGUUGGGGGGUCACCGCAAUAUGCGGAACUGGAUUAAAGGGUCGCGGAAAUAGGAAGAUUGAGAACCACUGAUCUAAUAUGUUAGUCGUUUCUUAUUUAGAAUUGUACGCCUUCAUCUAUAUUUUGAAUAUGAACCAGCUAAAAUGAUUUAGUUUGAGUCAAUGGAAGUGGUUUUGAAGACUUGGAAAUGCAAGCUCUAUGUGGUGACGUAAUAACUGUUUUUUCUUGACGACAAAACUAAUGCUGUUUGAUCUGAUCGAUUUUUUGGUGAGAUUGACUGAACUUAUGGUGAGAUUAAUUGAAAUUUAGGUGAGAUUCACAGAACUUUAGGUAAAAGUAAAAUUGACCUUUAGGUAGAAUUAAAUGACCGCUGGGUUAGAUUGACUGACCUUUAGGUGAAAUGAACUGACCGGUCGGUUAGAUCGCCUGAAUCCAAGAAUACAUUGAGGGAUCGCGAAACGGGAUUGGACUUCAUUGAGAAAACAUUAAUCCAUCCAAUGACACCGCUUUGUUACCACAAGAAAGUCCCGGGCCAAUGAUUAUCACCCCAUACAUCUCGCCUCGGCAAUCCUGGCUCAUUGUUACACUAUACCAUUGUUGCUAAUCCACCCCUGGACCCACCAGUGAUUGGCAUCAUUGGAAGCACGAGUGCUAUUUGAUCGUGAAGUCUUAGGUUCAUAAUGUCGCCAGGAGUACCGCGUAGGGAAGAGUGGGGUGAAGGUUGCGCCCCCCCCCCCAACCGGGCGUUAUUUUUUGGUGUUGCCAUGUUCGCCCCACUGCCUGCACUUUGUACGGCUUACGUUUUAUGUAUAUACUUGUUUUAUGUAUAUACUUGUUUUAUGCAUACAGAAAUAGACGACAUGACGACUGACAGAGUAAGCUAACACCGAGUAAGAUGACAGUGUAAGCUAGCACCGAGUAAGAUGACAGAGUAAGCUGACACCGAGUAAGAUGGCAGUGUAAGCUGACACCGAGUAAGAUGGCAGUGUAAGCUGACACCGAGUAAGAUGACAAUGUAAGCUGACACCAAGUAAGAUGACAGUGUAAGCUGACACCGAGUAAGAUGACAAUGUAAGCUGACACCCAGUAAGAUGACAAUGUAAGCUGACACCCAGUAAGAUGACAGAGUAAGCUGACACCGAGUAAGAUGGCAGAUUAAGCUGACACCGAGUAAGAUGACAGAGUAAGCUGACACCGAGUAAGAUGGCAGAUUAAGCUGACACCGAGUAAGAUGACAGAUUAAGCUGACACCGAGUAAGAUGACAGAUUAAGCUGACACCGAGUAAGAUGACAGUAAGCUGACACCGAGUAAGAUGACAGUAAGCUGACACAUAGUAAGAUGACAGAGUAAGCUGACACUGAGUAAGAUGACACAGAUUAAGCCAACACACAGAUUAAGCCAACACACAGAUUAAGCCAACGCACAGAUUAAGCCAACACACAGAUUAAGCCAACGCACAGAUUAAGCCAACGCACAGAUUAAGCCAACGCACAGUUUAAGCCAACGCACAGUUUAAGCCAACGCACAGUUUAAGCCAACGCACAGAUUAAGCCAACGCACAGAUUAAGCCAACGCACAGAUUAAGCCAACGCACAGAUUAAGCCAACGCACAGAUUAAGCCAACGCACAGAUUAAGCCAACGCACAGAUUAAGCCAACGCACAGAUUAAGCCAACACACGGACCAAGACGACACGUAGGGUUUGGCACUAUGUUACACCAGAAACGACAAAGACGGUGCCGAUGGACAUUUCAAUCUCAAAAUUUUUAUUGCAGUCCUUCUCGAAAAUAAAACUAAAUGAAGGUAGCAAUAUACUUUUACCAAUGCCUCCUGAAAAGUCUAUACUUAUCUCCAAUGAAAUCUGUUGACCCAGAGCUUAAUUAUUUAAAAAUGAAAAUUAUAUCCAAACAGCAGCUGAUGAAUCGUUGAAAGAAUGUAUCGCCUUAUCAUACGGGGUUACUAUUCAUACCACUUGCGACCUUGCGAUCUAAAAUCACGCACAUUUUCCCAUACUUGGGCCCUAGGGUAGUGGUUAACACCUCUAGAGCAAGCUCUUUGGAUUAAAACUUUUGGGUAGCUCGCGUGAGCCACCACGUUCAUAUUGGGCGAUAUAAAUGCAUCAUAGUUUUAGUGGGAAUUUGAAAACCUGGUUCACUUUUUGUUGUACUUUGAUAAACGAGCUUUCAUCAUCAAAAUUAAAUUACCAAGAGGGAAGAUGACUCACCAUUGUACCAUUGUUGGUGACUCUUGUGUUUAAAAGGUUGAAUUCUCCGUCAGAGACAUAGAUUGCCUAAAAUAGCAUAGAUCCAUCUUUUAUUGAAUUCAUUGCAGACGUCUGGCCAAUCAUUCAAAUAUGUUGGUGCGCACUGGUUCGCGCCUCUCGGCUGCGUGUGUGGCGUUUUGUGGGGAUAUCAGCUAAGCCAUUCUUUGGGGGAAUAUCAGCUAUACAAUUAUUUGGAGGAAUAUCGGCUAACCCAUUCUUUGGAGGGGGGGGGGGGGGGGGGGGGGGGAAGGGGAUAUCCGCUAACCCAUUCUUUGGUUGGGGGGAGGGGUGUCAAUUUGUUACCAAAGAAAUGAGCUAUGGAUCUGUUCCUCUGCUCUAUUCUCCCAAAACCGCGGGCACGUGCCAUUGAUCCCCACUAUCAUGAUUGGUUUCCAUCUGUUUCCAUGGAUAGUUCUACUAAAGAAUAUCAUUUCACAUUUUGUGGACGUUUAAAGAAAAAACUCAAAUUGUCCUUAAGCAUCUUUUAGAAAACUUUUUUUUUUUUGGCCCAUCGGUUCCCAGAUCUCGUUUGAGAUACGCAGAGGCUCACCGAGCCCGAUUAAAGUUUCGGAAGCCUCGCGCAAAACAGAUGAGCAUUUGUGUGUGUGUGUGUUAAAAUGUGCCCUUUCAACAGGUCUACAAGAUAUAACGGAUAGGGCACGUGUAGGAUCAUGGCGUUGUAUUCGGAACGGUUUUAACUGCACAUGCUAUGAAUUCGGCCGACAGGUGGGCCACGGACGGUUAGGCCUAAUUAAUCUGGCAAAUGGAGAUGCGAUCUGUCAAGCUAGAUCAAAUAUUUGAACCCAAAAUAAUACAAACUUCAUGAUCAAAUAUUUGAGCACACUCUUCAGGGUUUAUCCAUCAGCUCUUGUAUGGCGUCAGUUUAAGUUCAUAUUUUUUUAUUUAUUUUUGUUUCUCUUUCCUGUUUUACUGUCCCGACCAUCUGCGCUUAUAUUUCGUUAAGAGAGCGCCAACAGCGUUUGCACAGAGUUCGACGGACCGGCCGAUAAGUUCUGGGGAUGGCUACAGGGACCGAUUUCAGAUUAUGUUUUAUUUUGAGAUAUUUAAAGAUAAAAUGGGCCUAAUUUAACAAAUGGUUUCUUUAAGAAAAAUAGUUUCUUUAUUAUUGUGAUCGUUUUAGAUCUGUGGUACAUGAUUAAUUGGGCAUGGUUUGUUGUCUGGGCUGUAGAUCUGUGGCACAUGAUUGGGUAGUUUAGUUGUAGAUGGUAGGUCGAAUACAGUCCAUCAUUGGCAAGUUAUAAAAAGAUAUGAACGAGCUCUGCACUGUUAAAUAUUAUUUAUUCUUCACAUCCGUAAAUAAUUUCACGUUGUAAUAAAGCGAAUCCAGGCUUUGGCCUUUGGUUGAGAUGGGUGAGAACGAGGAGUUGAUGACCAGCCCUCAAAUGCUGUCCUGCGCUUUACUUAAGCCAAAGUCGAGACGACCACAACUUUGUGAUAGGUAAGUCAUGGAAAGGGGGGGGGGGCCUCGCCUGAUUAAAUCUAUCCACUUUGGUACGCAUGGGUUAGCCGUGUGUGUGUGUGUGUGGGGGGGUCAUAGUUGUAUUCUCUCCCUUCCAUAUUCUCUCUCCCUCUCUCCUCUCCCUCUCCUCUCCCUCCUCAUUCUCACCUCACUCUUCUCUCUUCACUCUCUCCCCCUUUCUCUCCUCACUUCUCGCUCUCUCUCUCUACACUCAUCCCCAUCCUUCUCUCUCUCUCUCUCUCUCUCUCUCAUUUCUUACUCAUUUUCUCUAAGAAACACAAAAGAUGCUUUCUUAAUUUCUGAAAUACUGAUUAACAUUCUGCCAAAUUCCCGUUGUCUCCCACUUUCCCGUUGUCUGCCACUUUCCCGUUGUCUGCCACUUUCCCGUUGUCUGCCACUUUCCCGUUGUCUGCCACUUUCCCGUUGUCUGCCACUUUCCCGUUGUCUGCCACUUUCCCUUUGUCUGCCACUUUCCCGUUGUCUGCCACUUUCCCGUUGUCUGCCACUUUCCCGUUGUCUGCCACUUUCCCGUUGUCUGCCACUUUCCCGUUGUCUGCCACUUUCCCGUUGUCUGCCACUUUCCCGUUGUCUUGCCACUUUCCCGUUGUCUUGCCACUUUCCCGUUGUCUUGCCACUUUCCCGUUGUCUGCCACUUUCCCGUUGUCUGCCACUGUCCCGUAAUCUUUCUCUCUCCCCAAAUGUUCAUUUCAUGAACUCACACGCCUCCUCAUAAAUAACAACAGAUUUAUUCCUAUUCGACGAAAACUGAACUGCGAUGUCCUCUGUCAGUCGCUUAUGGACACGUCGCCAGUAAAAUCGAUGAACAGUCCAGCAUUCAGCACUGCAUCCAGCUCACCUUCCACCUCUCCAUCUACUUCUCCAUCCACUGAUCCAUCAUCUGCAGCCAGCCCCGCAUUCGUCUCGAAAUUCCCAGUUCAGGAGCAGUUCAGCCCAGGUGCCUCUGCAUUCACUUACAGACAACAAUUGGGGCGGGCCAUGGAACAGACCCCACAACGAAUUUUCUCAUUUUCAUUAAGGUAUUUUUAAAAAAAAAUAGUUUUAUAAGCCCUACGACUUUAUCUUGAGUUUGGGCUACAGACCAGUAGUCUAUUCCAUAAACACAGUGGCUGUGUCAUGAACCACACAUUUUAUAAUCUCUAAACAAACUUUUUUGCAGUGUCACAAAAUGUGUCUUUUAUUCCUAUGCCCCACAGCGAAUCACCGAGUGGCCCGUGCCUGGAUAGGUAUCCAUGGAACGUCACGCACACAUCCACGUUUAGCCCAUUUUCGAGAGGCAAACCAAGUCGAGAAUUUCCGCACGAUCCUGAAAGGGUUUUGUCUAUUCCAUACAUACGUGAUGACUUCUACAGCAGGUAUCUUCUAGUUCCUUGUUUAAAAGUUAGCAUCUAGCAUUGCGUCCUAUUUUGAUAGCAGUUAUGCGACCUUAAAAAGUGCUUCACCUUCUAAUAACAGGGAGUUAAAAAUUGACUUUGCUACUGUUGGAGCUAUCAUAAUUAUUCUUUGAAUUCUUUGAUCUUUCAUCACAGCUAAUUGAGAAAGUUGAUUUAAAAAAAAAAAUAUCUAUGAUCUUCCAAUCCCGUGGGCCUGAUACAAAAAAAAUAAAUAAAAUAAUAGUAACUUUCAUUGUCUCUGUUUUUGCAUGACCAGCGUGAUGGAUUGGGGCAGCAAAGAUUACCUGGCCUUGGCAUUGGGCAGUCGCACGUACUUGUGUAACCUGGGGCUCAGCAGCGGGCGCAACAUUGAAAACGCCAAGAUUUCGUCAGGGGAAAACCAGCACAGACCUUCCAGCGUGAAAUGGAACAAGGACGGUCGCGUACUUGCCAUAGGAGAUACUCAGGUAAGUAAGAGGCCCAACAGCCACGCUGCAGUUUUUCAGACACGUUUAUUGGGACAGCACCAUUUAGGGUACAGAGAGAUGUCUCGUCUUGUUAAAAGAUCCCUUCGGAAAACUGCAAAACCAACCGCACAAUUCGGCGUGCGGGCUCAAUGACGUCAGUGGGCACAUGCGGUAAAGUCAUGAGACCGAAAGCAGGAGCAAGCCUCCCUGGACAUAUUUCACAGAAGGCAUUUUUAAUGCUAGUAGAAAACUUCUCCCGAAACAAUACACGUCUCCCAACAAUAAACCUACAUCGUCCGGCCAGGCAGCCAUUUUCUUCUUGCCAUUUCUACAUUGGAGGUAAGAGUGCCACAAUGUGUAAGGUCUGCUGAAGAUUCGUGUAACUCCCAAAUAUAAUAUACUCUACGGAGAAACACAAAAUCUUUUUGCUACAGAAAUAUAUACUUUACUGAGACAACCAAAGCUUUCUUUUGCCACAGAGAAAAGCUCUCGUUUACAGGCUCUCCCGGUUUUCAAAAAGACAUCAUUUAAAGAGUAUUAUAUAUAUAUAUAUAUAUAUUUUCACAUUUAGAAGUAUUUUUGAGAUACUUCUUCAGCGAUGAGUGGUGAUAACUCUCCUGCGUGGUUCGAUCAUUCAAAAAUGUCUAGUAAUUGAAGAGUGUAAAACACGAUUUUGACUGGUUCAAGACUUGUUGCUCUCGUGCUUUCUGAACGAGGUUUGAAUGCGAAAAGUUGAAUAAUAUUUUACCAUAACAUCUGAUACCAUCACCAACUCGAUGUUUUUUUUACUGCUGGAUUUGCUUAUUAACUUAUCUGCAGGCUUUUAUGUACGAUAACAUCUUUGCUGACUGAAGAAUGAGAUAUUAUAUUAUUUGAUUGAGUAGAUUCGUUGUAAAUUUUUUUGGGUUUGUUUCAGGGACUGGCCAGAUUCGUUGAAUUAUCUAAUGUGGACUCAGGGGACGGUCAGUCGUAUCAAAUGUGCAGUAGCCACAUUGGCUGUCUGGAGUGGUUCGGGUCUGUGCUCUACUGUGGGUCUAGGGACAGAAACAUCUAUGUCAUCGACACGCGGGCGCCACCCCAGGGUCUAGGUCUGCUAAGGUCUAGACGUGCGUCUGCAGUAAGUAGGCUGUUGUCGGGAGUGGUGUGGUUGUGUCAGUUGUCAAAGUGAGGCGGGUCGUCAGAGCAGCGUGGGGUUUUUGCCAGUUGUCAAAGAGAGGCGGGUUGACAGAUCCGGAGAGGUUAACAGUUGACGGCGUGGACUAGAUUACAGUCCGUUGACAUGAUUUUCUUCAUGGACACUUGUUUCCCUCAGCUAAGUCUCCACUUCUCUUUUCUACAUGCGAAUUGAUCAUGCUUGAUCUCCUGAAUUCCUAUUCCCAAGCUGUUACGAUCACCGGUUUGGGGGAGGGGUGUUCUUGGCCACCCUAGGUAGAUAAGUGUUCCCCAUUUCCUAUACCCAAGCCGUGACGAUCACCAAGGGGAAACUACCGCAGGUAGAUAUUCCAAAUACCCAAACACCGAGUUUUAACGUGACACAUACAGACAUACAGACAUUUUAGGAGUAUAUUUUUAAUUGAGAUGUAAUUAUUAUUUAAAUACUAUAAAUCAUUAAUUUAAAAUAAGCGUUUAUUUUAAAAAAGUGAAAAGAAGCGCAACUUGAAUGAAGAAAAUUUUUAUUUUACGAUGCAUCCGGGGGCCACAAUAUUUAACGUGUCGGGCCCCCCGAUUUGGCCAUCACUGACCCAAAACAAUCAUUGCGUGCCUACGUUUAGGAAUUCUUAGGUCACUUAUUUGGGCCAAUGGGUGUACAUUACAGGUCACGAGUCUCAGGCUGUCUCCAGACGAGACUUUACUGGCAUGCGGGUGUGAAGAUGGAGUCAUCAGACUGUGGUGCUCCAGGACUUACUCCAUCAUAAGGGAGAUCGUUGCACAUAGAUCUUCCAUCAAAGGUUUGCCAUUAGUUCUCCUUUUCAUUAUGUUCUGUCCUUGUUUGGAGAAUCUUUGCCCGACAGGUUGGGCUGUUAAAAAUUAAACGUAUGUGUUAUACGUAUUUCUAUAUAUUUGUGUGUUUCAAUUAAUGUAACUUACGGUGUUCCGCAUUCAUUCAAGCUGCAUGUUUGGAGGCCAAGCACCCUACAUGAUUGCCACAUAACGGCCAAUGGACGUCAUCGAAUGUUAAAAUCCCAAAACGAUUAGUAAAUACAAGGAUUGACAACGUUCUGAAAUGAAUGCGACGACGCCAUAAGCCAUUUAUUUAUCUUCUACUCAUUCCACCGUAAGUGCUUGCAAGCAAAGCCAAUAGUAAUAAUUGUGUGUCACUUUGUGAACUAUUCUCUCAGCCCUUGCAUGGUGUCCGUGGAACAGUUCAUAUCUGGCCAGUGGGGGUGGUUGCAACGAUGGCCGCAUCAUCUUGUGGAACAUCAACAACGGCCAGCCUGUUUCUGUGCAAGACACUUUCAUGCAG